AUGGCUUUUGCUGUUGGCGCGGACACUGUCCCCGUCCAGGAAUUUAAUGGCUUUUUACCUUGCCCUUUCUUUCGCGCUCCGUGUUGUUUCUUGCCCUUUGUUAACAACAAUUACUUACUAAUUUCUAGUAUGCCUAAACGUUCCAGUUCUGCUACUGUCAAGGAACAACGAAUUAUUAAAAAAGCUCGUGAGAGACCAAGAAGAAAUGGACCGUUUGGUCAAUUCAAUGGAAGAGAUUCCACGUCCAGACAACAAUACAAAAUUUAUCGAAACCAACAAGGACUCGCAGAGUCCAAAAGCAGCUCUAAUUGUUAAUCCAGAAGAGGAUUUUUCUGCUUCAAUUUUACCUUUGACAACACAAAUAGAAAAUGAGAAUAAGCAACAACAGCAACCACCUCAACCACCUUCAAUUCCUUUAACGACUGCUACUCAGCCACCAUUACAAUAUAAAUUGGCAACAGCACUUGCCCCCACUCAAUCAC